AUGCCUCUCGAAAUGCCCCGUGUCGCACCGCGACGCAAGCAACAUGGUCGGCACCACCACGCCCAUACGGCCGCGGCCGCGCCGUGGACCGACGUGGAAGACCAUGCCCAGCGCAACCGAAGAGGCGACGACGACGACGACGACAGCGAUGAAAGCUCUGGAUACGACGACGACGAGCGGACGCAGCACACUGACCGCCGCGGCGAUGGCGAUGGCGAAGACGACGACGGUUGCUGCGCACCGUUGGCGGCGAUGACGAAACCCGUCGAGGUCGGCGAGCUGGGCUCGUACGGCUAUGCCGGCGAGGCCGCUUUUUGGAUCUGGCCGCUGUUUGGGCCCCUGCUGUUCGAAAACACAAGUAGUGAUGUGCGUGGCCUUUGGUGGCCUCGGCUGGCCUUGGCUGGCCUUGAUCUUGCCGGUGUGCAAAGUUGCUAA